GCUAACCUUGAAUAUAAACUCUCUCAUACAAAUUAAAAUUAAAACAACAUUUCAGUUUAUUUUUAUGAAAUUUUGUACUCACAAUACUCAAAUAUUCAAAUUUAUGAUAAAAUUGCACACAUUUGGCUAUUUACUUUUUGUAGAAAGUUUAUGAGUUCUUAAAUAUUUGGUUUAAGAGACAAUAAACUCAAAGGUGCUAUUAUAAGAAUAGCCUUUGGUGAUCCAAGUAAUAAUAUUUUUGAGUUGCAGAAAUGAGGUUUUUUGUUAUAGUAUUUUGUCUUCUGCCAUUUUUAUCUUAUACAGGUGCAUAUGAUCCCUUGGAUCCUAAUGGGAACAUAACAAUCAAAUGGGAUAUCAUGUCAUGGACCGCCGAUGGUUAUGUGGCAACAGUGACGGUAAACAAUUUCCAAAUGUACAGACACAUAGGAAACCCAGGAUGGCAAAUGGGCUGGACAUGGGCUAAAAAAGAAGUAAUAUGGUCCAUGCAAGGGGCCCAAACAACAGAGCAAGGUGACUGUUCCAAAUUUAAAGGGAACAUACCGCAUUGUUGUAAGAAGACCCCAACUGUAGUGGACCUUUUACCUGGAACACCCUACAAUCAACAAUUUACCAAUUGUUGUAAGGGUGGUGUCCUUAAUGCUUGGGGCCAGGACAAAUCAGGCUCUGUGUCCCAAUUUCAGGUUAGUGUUGGGCAGGCCGGUACUACAAAUAGAACUGUUAAAUUACCCAAGAACUUCACUUUGUUGGGCCCUGGCCCAGGGUACACUUGUGGGCCCGCUAAGGUUGUUCCUUCCACAAAUUUCCUAACCCCGGAUCGUCGUCGCAAGACUCAAGCCCUCAUGACAUGGAAUGUAACAUGCACUUACUCGCAAUUUCUAGCAAGAAAAUAUCCUUCUUGUUGUGUGUCCUUCUCAAGUUUCUACAAUGAAACCAUCACUCCUUGCCCUACUUGCUCAUGUGGAUGUGAACAUAAAACAAAGAAUUGUGUCAAGAGUGAUUCAAAGAUUUUGAGUAUGGUGGGAUUAAAUACUCCAAAGAAGGAUAAUUCUCCAUUACUUCAUUGCACUCAUCAUAUGUGCCCAGUUCGGGUGCAUUGGCAUGUCAAGGUUAACUACAAGGACUACUGGCGCGUUAAGGUUAGCAUAACCAACUUCAACUACAGGAUGAACUACACCCAGUGGACUCUCGUCGCUCAACAUCCGAACCUCAAUAAUGUCACCGAAGUCUUUAGCUUCAACUACAAGCCUCUCGUUCCUUAUGGAUUGAUAAAUGAUACGGGGAUGUUUUACGGGAUGAAGUACUACAACGAUCUGCUAAUGGAAGCUGGACCUUUCGGAAAUGUGCAAUCCGAAAUUCUAAUGCAGAAGGAUCAGAACACGUUUACCUUCCGACAAGGAUGGGCGUUCCCUAGGAAAGUUUACUUUAACGGAGAUGAAUGCAGGCUGCCUCCGCCUGAAUCAUACCCUUUUCUGCCGAAUUUAGGGUUUAAACCAUCAGGGUCGAUUUUAGCAGUAAUUUUUUCGUUCGUACUGAUGAUCUUCGGUUUUGGGGUACUUCCUUUUUGAGCAAUGAAGAAG